AACCGGCACAACACAACAAGAUGGCCGCCGCGCCGCUGAGUGCCUAAAGGGAACGUCGAACUCGACUCCCACCCCGCCUCGACCGGCUGCGUUGCUCGGCCCGGCUCCUAGGCCGUUUUGAUGGACAUCUGGUUUUUAUUCUUGCAAUGAAGAGAGGUCCUCAACAAAGAAUAUUCUCCAGAGCAAGGAAACCACCAUCAUCUCACUCUCCUAGUCCAUCGUCUCUUACGUCCAGUAUGAGAUCUAGGUCACUUUCACCUUUAAGUGCACCAGAGACUCUGCCUUGUCAUGCUGGAGGACAGCGGUCUGAAGAAGUCAAGAUUAUAGAGGAAAGCAGUAUGCCUUUAGACUACCAAGACCAUAAAGAAGCUGAUUCACAUCCCGGAGUCCGAUAUAUUACUGAGGCUCUUGUUAAAAAGCUUACUAAACAGGACAACUUGGCCUUGGUAAAAUCUCUGAACCUUUCACUUUCUAAAGAUGGUGGCAAGAAAUUUAGGUAUAUCGAAAAUUUGGAAAAAUGUGUUCGACUUGAAGUACUGAAUCUCAGCUAUAAUCUCAUUGAAAAGAUUGAGAAGGUGGAUAAGCUAUUAAAAUUACGUGAACUCAAUUUAUCAUAUAACAAAAUCAGCAAAAUUGAAGGAAUAGAAAAUAUGUGUAAUCUGCAAAAGUUAAACCUCGCAGGAAAUGAAAUUGAACAUAUACCAGCAUGGUUAGGGAAGAAAUUAAAAUCUUUACAGGUCCUCAAUCUAAAAGGCAACAAGAUAUCAUCGCUCCAGAAUGUAAGCAAGUUGAAACCUCUUCAAGAUUUAACUUCCCUGAUCCUACUUGAAAAUCCAAUUAUGGCUCUUCCUCAUUACCAGCAGUUUACCAUUUUCCACCUCCGUUCACUGGAAAGUUUGGAAGGUCAGCCAGUAACCACUCAGAACAGACAGGAGGCUUUCGAGAGAUUCAGUUUAGGAGAGGUAGAAAGACUAGAAAGAGACUUGGAAAAGAAGGUGAUAGAAACUGAAGAGCUGAAGAGCAAACAAACAAGCUUCCUUGAGGAAAUUAAAAAUCAAGAUAAACUGAACAAAUUGUUAAAAGAGGAGGCCAUACUGCAGAAACAGAACUGUGAUGAGCUAGAGAGUGACCUAAGCACAAAAAAUGAAUUGCUAAAACAGAAGACCAUGGAACUAACGCGAGCUUGUCAGAAACAGUACGAGCUGGAGCAGGAAUUGGCCUUUUAUAAAAUUGAUGCUAAAUUUGAGCCACUAACUUAUUAUCCAUCAGAGUAUGUUGAAGUUGAUAAAGCCCCAGACGAAAGCCCUUACAUUGGCAAAUCCAGAUACAAGAGAAAUAUGUUCACCACAGACAGUCACAUUAUUAAUAAUGCCCAGCCAGUACAGAUCAGGAAGAUGGAGCCAGAUGAAGGGGAACAACUUAGAAAUGAGCAAGUUAAUUUGAAAGCCCAAGUGCCACUGGACAUACAACUGGAAGACAAAGAAAAAAAAAUAAGUGCAGCACAGACUCGGCUAUCAGAACUGCAUGAUGAAAUAGAAAAGGCAGAACAACAAAUUUUAAGAGCUACAGAAGAAUAUAAACAACUGGAAGAAGCUAUCCAACUGAAAAAAAUUUCAGAAGCAGAGAAAGACCUUCUUUUCAAGCAGUUGAGUGGUAGGAUACAACUUCUAAAUAAAUUACGUCAGGAAGCUCUGGAUCUAGAAAUGCAAAUGGAAAAACAAAGACGAGAAAUUGCCGAAAAGCAGAAGGAGAUCGAGGACCUACAAAUAGUCAUAGAUAGCCUGGAUUCCAAAGACCCAAAACAUUCCCAUAUGACAGCUCAGAAAAGGGGUCAAGAACAACAGCUUGACAUUAUGAACAAACAGUAUAAACAACUUGAAAGCCGUUUGGAUGAGAUACUUUCUAGGAUUGCUAAGGAAACAGAAGAGAUUAAGGACCUUGAACAACAGCUUACUGAAGGCCAGAUAGCAGCAAAUGAAGCUCUGAAGAAGGAUUUAGAAGGUGUCAUCAGUGGUUUACAAGAAUACCUGGGGAGUAUCAAAGGCCAGGCUACUCAGGCCCAGAAUGAGUGCAAGAAGUUACAAGUCGAGAAAGAGGUAUUGUUGCAGAGAGUGACAGAAGUUGAGCAGGAAAGAAACCAACUGGAAAUAGUUGCCAUGGAUGCAGAAAACAUGAGGAAGGAGCUUGCAGAACUAGAAACUGCCCUCCAGGAGCAGCAUGAGAUAAAUGUAUCUCUGCAGCAGACCCAGGGAGAUCUCAGCGCCUAUGAGGCUGAGCUAGAGGCCCAGCUAAGAAUGAAGGAUGCUGAGGCCAGCCAGCUCAAGGAAGAGUUGGAAAGACUAACAAGACUUAGCCAGUUAGAAAAAUCAGCCCUACAAGUAGAACUUGAGAAGGAAAGGCAAGCCCUUGAGAAUGCCCUUGGAAAAGCCCAGUUCUCGGAAGAAAAGAAGCAAGAAAACAGUGAGCUCUGCAUGCAACUUAAACAGCUGCAGGAUGACAAUAACCUGUUAAAAAAGCAGCUUAAAGAUUUCCAAAAUCACCUUAAUCAUGUGGUUAAUGGUUUGAUUCAUCCAGAAGAAGUGGCAGCUCGUGUGGAUGAGCUGAGGAGAAAGCUGAAGUCAGGAGCUGGUGAAAUGAGAAUCAACAGUCCUUCAGAUGUCUUAGGGAAAAGCCUUGCCAAUUUACAUAAAGAAUUCAGUGAAGUUCUUGCACACUCCGAAUGGGAAAGAGAGGAAGCACAAGUUAGAGAGAGAAAACUCCAAGAAGAAAUGGCUCUGCAACAAGAGAAACUGGCAAAUGGACAAGAAGAGUUCAGGCAGGCCUGUGAGAGAGCCCUUGAAGCAAGAAUUAGUUUUGAUAAGAGGCAACAUGAAGCAAGAAUCCAGCAGUUAGAGAAUGAAAUUCACUAUUUGCAAGAAAAUCUAAAAAGUAUGGAGGAAAUCCAAGGCCUUACAGAUCUCCAACUUCAGGAAGCUGAUGAAGAAAAGGAGAGAAUUCUGGCCCAACUCCAAGAGUUAGAGAAAAAGAAGAAACUCGAAGAUGCCAGAUCCCAGGAGCAGUUUCUUGGUUUAGAUAAAGAGUUGAAGAAACUAAAGAAAGCUGUGGCAACCUCUGAUAAGCUAGCCACAGCUGAGCUCACCAUUGCCAAAGACCAGCUUAAGUCCCUUCAUGGAACUGUUAUGAAAAUUAACCAGGACCGAGCAGAGGAAUUGCAGGAAGCCGAGAGGUUCAGCAGAAAGGCAGCACGUGCAGCCAGGGAUCUGACCCGAGCAGAAGCAGAGAUUGAACUCCUACAGAAUCUUCUCAGGGACAAAGAGGAUCAGUUUCUAAUGGAGAUGGAGAAAGCAGAUGCAGGCACCUUACUAGCAAACUCACAGGUGCUAGAAAUCAGUAAACUCAAUGAGACAAUGGAGAGACAAAGGACAGAGAUCGCAAGACUACGGAAUUUACUAGACCUCACUGGAGCCGAUAGCAAAGGAGGCUUUGAAAAUGUUUUGGAAGAAAUUGCUGAGCUUCGUCGUGAAGUUUCUCAUCAGAAUGAUUAUAUCAGCAGCAUAGCAGAUCCUUUCAAAAGACGAGGCUAUUGGUACUUUAUGCCACCACCACCAUCAUCAAAAGUUUCUAGCCAUAGUUCCCAGGUCACCAAGGACUCUGGUGUUGGCCUGAAGUGCACAGCCUCAACUCCUAUUAGAAAACCACAUCUUGGGCAGCAAGAUGGGAAGGAAGGCAGUGGACCUCCACCUGCCUCAGGAUACUGGGUUUAUUCUCCCAUCAGAAGUGGGUUACAUAAAUCUUUUUCAAAUAGAGAUGAAGACAGUGGAGGAGAUAGCCAGGAAGAGAGUGACCUGGAUGACCAAGAGGAUCCCCCAUUUGUGCCUCCGCCUGGAUACAUGAUGUAUACUGUCUUUCCUGAUGGUUCUCCGGUGCCUCAGGGCAUGGCCCUUUAUGCACCACCUCCACCCUUGCCCAACAAUAGCAGACCUCUCAUCCCUGGAACUGUUGUUUAUGGUCCACCUCCUGCUGGGGCCCCCAUUGUGUAUGGACCUCCGCCCCCCAACUUCUCAGUCCCUCUCAUCCCCAUGGGCGUGCUGCAUUGCAAUGUCCCAGAACAUCAUAACUUAGAGAAUGAAGUUUCUAGAUUAGAAGAAAUAAUGCAGCAUUUAAAAUCGAAGCGACGGGAAGAACGGUGGAUGAGAAUAUCUAAGCGGCAGUCUGAAAAAGAAAUGGAAGAGCUGCAUCAUAAUAUUGAUAGUCUUUUGCAAGAGAAGAAAGACUUAGAGCAUGAAGUAGAAGAAUUACAUAGAACCAUCCAAAAACAUCAACAGCGAAAGGACUUCAUUGAUGGAAAUGUUGAGAGUCUUAUUACUGAACUAGAAAUAGAAAAAUCACUCAAACACCAUGAAGAUAUUGUAGAUGAAAUUGAGUGCAUUGAAAAGACCCUCCUGAAGCGCCGUGCAGAGCUCAGGGAAGCUGACCGACUCCUGGCAGAGGCUGAAAGUGAGCUUUCAUGCACAAAGGAGAAGACAAAAAAUGCUGUUGAGAAGUUCACCGAUGCCAAGAGAAAUUUGUUGCAAACUGAGUCAGAUGCUGAAGAAUUAGAAAGGAGAGCUCAGGAAACUGCUAUUAACCUUGUCAAAGCUGAUCAGCAGCUAAGAUUGCUCCAGGCUGACGCAAAGGAUUUGGAGCAGCACAAAAUCGAGCAAGAAGAAAUCUUGAAAGAAAUAAACAAAGUUGUAGCAGCAAAAGACUUAGACUUCCAGUGUUUAAACAAGAAGAAGGAAAAACUGACAGAAGAGCUUCAGAAACUGCAAAAAGACAUUGACACCGCGGAACGCAAUGAGGAUCACCACCUGCAGGUCCUUCAAGAGUCUGAGACCCUCCUUCAGGCCAAGAGAGCAGAACUGGAAAAACUGAAGAGCCAGGUGACAAGUCAACAACAGGAGAUGGCUGUCUUGGACAGGCAGUUGGGGCAUAAAAAGGAGGAGCUGCAUCUACUCCAAGGAAGCAUGGUCCAGGCAAAGGCCGACCUCCAGGAAGCUCUGAGACUGGGAGAGACUGAAGUAGUUGAGAAGUGCAGUCACAUUAGGGAAGUAAAAUCUCUUCUGGAAGAACUGAGUUUUCAGAAAGGAGAACUGAAUGUCCAGAUUAGUGAAAAAAAGUCUCAACUUGCACUUAUAAAGCAGGAAAUUGGAAAAGAGGAAGAAAAUCUUCAGGUAGUUUUAGGGCAAAUGUUUAAACAUAAAACUGAACUAAAGAAUAUUUUGGACAUGUUGCAACUUGAAAACAAUGAGCUACAAGGCUUGAAGCUACAGCACGACCAAAAGGUGUCUGAAUUAGAGAAGAUGCAGGUUGAGGUGCUAGAGGAGAAACUGGAGUUAGAGAAUUUGCAGCAGAUAGCCCAGCGACAGAAAGGGGAAAUAGAGUGGCAGAAGCAGCUCCUUGAGAAGGACAAACGGGAAACAGAGCGAAUGACUGCUGAGACCCGAGCAUUACAAGUGUGUAUGGAGUCUUUGAACAAAGAAAAGGAAGAUCUGGAAGAGGAAUGUGGCAGUUGGGAAAAGAAGUUGGCACAAACCAAAAGAGUUUUGGCAGCUGCAGAAGAGAACAGCAAAAUGGAGCAGUCAAACUUAGAAAAGUUAGAAUUGAAUGUCAGAAAACUGCAGCAGGAACUAGACCAACUAAGCAGAGACAAGCUCUCACUGCAUAAAGACAUUUCAGUAAUGCAGCAACAGCUACAAGAAAAACGAGAAGAAGUAAACACACUACAGGAAGAACUAACUCAUGUCCAAGACCACUUGCACUUAGCAGAACAGGAUCUGCUUCACACCACCAAGCAUCAAGACAUACAGCUUAGUGAGCAGACCAGGAUCCAGAAGGACAUCAGCGAACAGAAAAAAAAGUUUGAAGGCUUUCAGAAAGAAGGGGAGACAAAACAGCAACAACUUCAAGUGCUGCAGAAUGAGAUUGAAGAAAACAGGCUCAAGCUAGUACAACAAGAAAUGAUGUUUCAGAAACUCCAGAAAGAGAGAGAAAGUGAAGAAGAAAAAUUAGAAGCGAGUAAAGUGACAUUGAAGGAGCAGCAGCAGCAGCUGGAAAAACAAUUAACAGACCAGAAAAGCAAACUGGAACAGGUGCUCACAAAGGUGUUGGUGGCUGAAGAGCGUGUCAAGACUCUGCAGGAAGAGGAGAGGUGGAGUGAAACCCUGGAGAAGACGCUCUCCCAAACCAAACAACAGCUUUCAGAACGGGAACAGGAAUUAAUGGAAAAGUCAAGUGAGCUCCUGAUUCUCCAGAAAGAGAUGGACUCCAUGAGGGCAGACUUCAGCCUCCUGCGGAACCAGUUCUUGACAGAAAGAAAGAAAGCAGAGAAGCAGAUUGCCAGCCUAAAGGAAGCACUUAAGACACAGCGGAGCCAGCUGGAGAAAAACCUUCUUGAGCAAAAACAGGAGAAUAGCUGCAUGCAGAAGGAAAUGGCAACAAUUGAGCAGGUGGCCCAGGACAACCAUGAGCGGGCUAGGCGCCUGAUGAAGGAGCUCAUGCAGAUGCAGCAUGAGUACAUGGAGCUCCAGAAACAGAUGGCAAACCAUAAAGAUUUGGAGAGAAGACAAAUGGAAAUCAGUGAAGCAAUGAGGACACUUAAAUCUGAGGUGAAAGAUGAAAUCAGAACCAGCCUUAAGAAUCUCAACCAGUGUCUUCCAGAACUACCAGCAGAACUGGAAGCUAUUUUUGAAAGAAAUGAGAACUUAGAAGGAGAGUUGGAAAGCUUGAAAGAGAACUUUCCAUUCACCAUAAAUGAAAGACCAUCACCUUUUGAAGAAAAACUAAACUUUUCCCAAGUUCACAUAAUGGAUGAACAGUGGCGUGGGGAAGCACUCCGAGAGAAACUGCGUCAUCGUGAAGAUCGACUCAAGGCUCAACUUCGACACUGUAUGUCCAAACAAGCAGAAGUAUUAAUUAAAGGAAAGCGACAGACAGAAGGCACUUUACACAGUUUGAGGAGACAAGUUGAUGCAUUAGGGGAAUUGGUCACCAGCACCUCUGUAGAUUCAACUUCUUUGUCACCCAGUCUAUCUCAGUUGGAGUCUUCCCUUGCCGAGGACUUUCAACUUGGACAAAGCCAGAGCUCCUUCUACCAAGUACUGCCUGGUCCAUUAGAAUCAUCAGACAUUUACCUGCACUGAUGCCAUUCCCAGCUUCCUGCUCACAGGGAAAAGAAUGGCUCAGCCAUAUGCAGAAUACUAUCUUGCAUAAAUAUAUGAGGAAAUAAAUACAUUCUCUACUACCUCACUAACUUCAUAGUUGGAAUACCACUUGGAUUUUAGCAAGAUCCAGUGAAUACAGAUGCCGAACUCCACUGGAAUUUAUUUUUCUUGUACCACUAAUGCCAAGGUUUUUGUAAAUCGCUUGUACCUAUGGAAAUAGACAUAUAAAACUUAAACCAGGGUCCUAGGUGGCUGAGGUUUUAUCUUUGGAAUGUUUUUAUAAAAAAAUACCAUUGCUGAUUUUUUAACUGCACAUUUGAAUUUAUAAACUGGUAGUAAUUAUAUAGUAACAAAGAAAAUGUACUUAAGCCUUUCAUUUAUAUAGUGUCAAGAGUUAUUUUUGGAUUUUGCUUAAAAUCUAUUUUCAUAUGAAAAUAAAAGAUUCAACAAACUUGGGUCUAUCAUCUGAGUUUAUAUUUCACAGAUCUGUUUUAAAGCAUUCUAAGGUAAAGCAUUUUACCUUAACUCCAUGAGAAUGACAAUCUUUCAAAUGGUUUUCUGUCAUCUGCCUGGAGGUUGACAUAUGUUUUACUUAUUUAUGAACAUAUUUCAUUGAGAAAUAAUAUGAAACUAUUAUACUGUAGGUGCUCUUCCUCAGCCAAAAAAAUUUUUUUUUUGAUGGAAAACUAGAACUUUUAUACUUUGGAGAAUCUGAGAGGUAAAUUUCAAAUUAUGUAUGGACUUCCAUUAAAUUUUUAAACUACAAUAAUUAAGAGCUUAACUCUAGUCUACAUUAUUUCCUUAAAAGGAUUACAGGUACUGUCACAGUUGUGUGUAACAGAAUUAUUGCCAAGGGUAAACUGAAGUAUGGGACCACAUGUAAUAGAUUAGGUUGUCAGAUAUUCCCAAGAACUCUUCCCUAGGAGGCCAGCAGACAGCUUGCAGAGCCAUAGCAGGUUAUUAUAUUGUCACUACAAUACAGAAGAGCACAGAACAGUAAUCCGUCACUACCUGCUGAGGUUUAUAGUCCUAAAAAGUUAAUGUUUGGCAAAAACUGGACCAUCAGGAUAUGGGAUGAAUAUAAUUAUAGUAAAGACAAUGAAAAUGGCAUAAAAUUCACACACAAUACCUAGAAGGCAUUUACUUCUGAAAGAAAAUUUAACAUUGUUAGUAUCUUUUGUAUUUACGUUCUCCUUUGUUUUGUUCUCCUUCUCAAGUCUUGGCAAAAUGCUUUAAAAAGCCUGCCCUAUUCACAAUUAUUGAAAUCUUUUAGGGCAUAUUUGUCUCUAUACUGGAGAGGGGUAAAUUUUCUCUCUAUACUGCCACAUGAACAGGAAUAGAAGGCAAUCAUUUGGUCUUUUUUUUUCUUUUUUACUUAAGGGGAAUGAAUUGAACCAUACGUUAAAAAUCACACUUUAAAACCGUGGGCAUAUGGGCAAAGGUUCUCAAAACAAUGGUCUUGUGGAAUUAGAGGUGAGGUAAUGUAUGAAGCUGAAUACCUGGUUUCAAAAGACAUUUUUCCAAAGAACUUUACUAUCUCUAACUAGAUGUGAACACCACCGAUCCAAAAAAAAAAAAAAAAAAAUCAAGGAUAGUGCAUCAAACACUUUAUUGUCCACAAAAAAUACUUGAGCACUUACUGGAAUGUCUAAUGCAUAUAGUACUGAGCGUCAACUGCUAAUCAGGAGGGCCUCCUCAAGGUGCGAGGGCAAAGGGAAGCAGGUGACGCACACAAGCAGUACGCUGUCAUGGGUUAAAAAUUAAGAGAAUUUCCCAUUCUCUCCAAAGCAUACUGCCCAGUGCCUAAUACACGGAUAUUUACGAUAUGGCAAUCUGUUCCACUAUGUUUUAGCACCCACAUUUAUUAUAAGGGAUUGCACAUGCAAGUAACUGAAUUUGGCCCCAAGUACAGUCAAGGGGGAAUACUAUCAGCCACCAAAUAUGCUGAUCUCACACUGAAAAAAGUUUGACUGAAAACAUACUGCAAGUGUGAUCCAAAUACAGGGAUAAAACUGUAGCUCAAUUAACUUAGUGAUGUAGUUUUAUAUGCUACAUAUGUAGACUUCUCUUUAUACAAUAAAUAAGGACAAUUCCUGCUGUAAAAACUGACAAGUCAAAUAAAUGUUCGCCUGAGAAAAUAAGAAAUCCUAUUGUAGUUCAGAAAAUAAUGCAACCAAUUUUAAUUUAAUCUAGAUACAGGUACUUUAUUUACAAAUAUUUAGAUUAAUAGCAUUUUGUUACAUCAAAUGAAGAGUACAGCAGUCUGAAUAAAUCCUUCUAUCACAAAAACAAUAAGACCCACUGUAACUAACUUUGGGAAACAGGGUAUUGCACCUAAACAAGCCACAGUCUUUAGUUUGUGAUUGCUACCUUAUAUCCCAAUGGGUGGUUUGUUUAUUUUGUUUUGUAAAUAUAUACACAAACCAGCAGGUCAUGGUCCCUGGGCAAGUUCCUUGUGAUGCAACAGUGUAAGCAAAAUGGAUCACCAUUAAGUCUUUAACAGAAUAUACCAAUGUACUUCAGGAAUCUUGGUUUUUAAAAAAGCUUAAAGACAAAAAUAAAGGUAAGCCCACAAAUUAACCAAAUCGUAUUUUCUGCACAUUCCAGUUUUGGCUUUUUAUUUAACAUUGACUGUAUAAUACUCUGGUACUACCAUGUGUUUUCAACCCAGAAAGAUGUACUUUUAUUUUAGUGUCUGUAAAGAGGGAUUUAAAAUGUGUAUUUCAAACACAAUUGAGCUGAGUGCAUUUUGUAUAAUGUGCUGAGGUUUACCUAUUUCAAAUGACAUCUCAAUUCCCAGCCCCUGAACCCUAAGCUCAGUUAAAAUCAGUACACAGCAGUAAAGAACUUGGUAAAACAAAUCUGUCAUCUGAAGAAAUCAAACUGUUUCUCUUACAAUACAGUAUUCUUUCAAUAGCCAAACCACCUAAUGCAAAGUAGUAACUUACUUUGUAUCAGCACAAACAGUACCUUUAAAAACUUCCCCUUUCACAAAACAAUUUAUGCCAACAUGACAUAAAACAGCCCCUUCAUGCUAUGAACACAAGAGAAAAAUUAUUUCACUGAAGUGUAAAAAACGCACAAUUUAAAAUCCCUUAACAGCAGACCUGUGGUUCUAGCUGUUGGAUUCAGAAUCUGACCAUUCCAAAAAGAUAAAGGUAUAAAAGCUUAAAAUGUGCAAUAAUAAACCCAGCCUUUUGUCUUUUUCUAUACAGUAAGGCAAGAAAUGCAGCCUGUAAUGCAAAACGUUUCCUAAAAGAGAAAAGCAGGUUAGCACAUUGUCGAUUGCACAAGAAGAGUUAAGAAAGUCAGCAGGUAAGCCAUGGUGCAAAGAUGGAACAGAAUCUGCUAGUGUUAAUGCUCUGACGCUAGGAGCUCUUUCCAGCAUGUCCCCAAACACUGCCAGCACCAAGGAGUGGAGCCAGUACGGUGAACUGCAGUUGUUUAAUUUCCUUUUGGAAAAUGGAAGGGGAGUAACACGGUCACGUAUAGGUCAUACUGUACAAACUGGUACUUUAUACUGUUCUAAUGCCAGUAAUCAAUUUAUUUUCUUCAUUAAAAUAAUAUACACAGAAUGUAUGGUUAGUUCAGUUCCUUCAAAUUUUAUACAUAUUUACUUUCUGUUAAAGAGAAAAGGAUAAAAUAGUAUAAAAAAAAGAUAAAGCUAUUAAUUAAGCACAAGAGAAAAAAAAAAUAAA